UUAGCUUUGGAUAGUGAAAUAUAAAUAAAUGCAUUCUAUUAUAACAAUUGCUAAAAAGAAAUUUUAGAAAUAAAAUUGAUAUAUACGUUACACUAUAAUAAACUCAUCCUGCAUAUAUUUCAGCAAACUAUGUAUCUUAAUUGGACUUGUAAAUACACGCCCGAAGAUAUUUCGUUCGUCAAAUUUUCUGCCGUUUUCUUCUGCUAGAAAUUGCUGUCAAAAUCACGUCUGUUGAAAUGUGCAUCUGUUCACAAUGUUGCAGAUGAAGAUAAGGUUAUAAUUUGAUACCCUUGCUCUCAUUAUUCGACAAUUGCGUAUGAUCCUAUUUAGCAUAUUACGUGAAUUAGUUGUCAUGCUAAGUGGUUCUAAUCUUCUUACCCAUUGCAGUAAUAGUGUCACAAGACUUGAAUGUUCGAGACAGACGUGUCAAGGUUAAUGUUGGAAAUGUGCUAGUUUGUGACUAAUGGUGUGGUGCUAAGGAUGUCUAAAUACCGUGAGACAUUAAAUUACAUUUUUAUAACAACGAAGAUAUGAGGUAUUAACAAAUUGGAUGUAGGAGCUCGUAUAUAAGGGGUAGGCAAUGUUGUAUCAGUCUCAGUACAUAGUGCAGCAGCAUGGUGCUGUUAGGUGGAAGGAAUGGAUUCCUCUUGUAUCUCAGCAGCUUCGCCUUCGCAACCUUAUACAAAUCAUUGCAUACAAUGUUUGUGUGAAUGAGAAACACAACCCAGGUAGAGGCACCAAUGGAUCAAUUAGCGUACAAGGAUCAAUGAACAGAAAGUUGAAAGCGGAAGUGAUGAAGGCUUCUUUCUACUAUACCCUUCACUUGACCACCAUGUCAGCUCCAUUCUAUACCAGUGAAAAACUGGAGAGCAGUAAUCCAAAAUGGGCAGAGAUUGAAAUCAGAGAUCUGACAUGUCACGUAAACACAGCAGUUAAUGGGAUUGUCAUCCGCAUGUGGUUGCAUCGUGAAGGAGAGCCAGAUCAUGUGAUAACAGUGUGGGGUGUGUACUUCAGUGGUCUGCUGUAUCUUGGCCCUAAGCUGUCACUGGAUCCUGCAGUCUUGAAGCUUAACACCAUUGUGUUCCACAUGCAUGGUGGGUAUUUCACAGCGUUUGAGAGCUUCAAGGAGACCCCUCUGAAGAUAAGGAACACCACUGUGACAGUGAGUGCUGCAGAUGCACAGCCCAGCUACAAUGUGAAUCUGCUACUCAGGCUGCACACAAUUCAGCAGGUCAUCAAAAAACAGGUGUUAGCAGCACAGAAUCUGCGAGAAAAGAUCUCUGUGGGAGGCUUCACAACCAGUGAGUCACGAGAAAAUGCUGUGCUGCGCUGUCUGCUCAACAAAAGCCACCCCAAAGCACCAGAACGACAGGAAUUGCUGCGUGUCAGAAAAGACAUGGAGCUGGUGCGUUUUCGGGUUUCGAUGCUGAGUUACGAGAAGUCAAGGAAGCAAGCAGAAGUGCGGCAGUUAGAGAAGAUGAAGUCUACCCUUUAUGAGACCAAUCAGGACAGAGGUAUGCAGCUGAUGGACCGUUACCAGAACUUGCAUAAAGACAUGGAGCAUGUGAAAGAAUGGAAGAGAAAUUUUGUGGACAUGAGAGAGGCAUUCCUGCUCACAGGUGCUCAGCUCAGUUCCCGGCAGAAACAACUGAUAUCUGAGCUCAACCUCAUCUACCCAAUUGUACAGAUGCCAGACAAUAAGUAUACCAUCUGUGGAGUGCACCUGCCAAACUCCGAGGACUUCGCAGGUAGUGAUGAGGUGAUGAUUUCAGUGGCACUGGGGUUUGUAGCACAUCUGGUGCAGAUGAUCUCCAUCUUUCUUCAGGUUCCCCUUCGCUACCCAGUUAUUCACUUUGGAUCUCGCAGCAAGAUUGUGGACCAUGUAGUGGAGAAGAUCCCUGACAAAGAUCGGGAGUUUCCACUGUUCUCCCGGGGCAAGGACAAACUGCAGUUCAACUAUGGUGUGUACCUACUCAACAAGAAUAUUGCUCAGCUGCGCUGGUACUUCAACCUGCCCACCCAAGACCUCCGUGCCACACUGCCAAACCUCACAGCCCUCCUCCACUUUUGGCCUGGCCCUAACAUGCUGGAGACUCACCAUUGCACAUUGUCUGGCUCCUCACUCGACUUGCGUAGCUCCUCGCAAAAUGCAAGUCCAGUUGGAAGUCUUCAGGUGGGAGGGUUCCGGAGACAGCCACCAGGAGGCAUCACUCAGCACUUUGAAAAGGGUCACAGAGUCUGCAAGUCAAUGGGCAACUCAGAACUGGGAGUCCAGAUGAAAACUUCUAAUCUGGACAUGCAGUCUGUGAAUGACUUCACAGUUGCUGUCGCUAGCAGUAAUGGAGUGGUGACAAGUCUUAGUUACUCUCUGGACAAAGGUUUGGAUGAAUAUGAGGAGAUUAAGAAGGCACAGAACACGUUAUGGCUCACAGAAGCCAACAUUAUGAAGCAGCAAAGAGCUGUACGGAACUUGGCUCAUGUGGGAUCAGAACCAAUACUUACUCAAAACCUGCACAAAAUGAUCAUACGGAGGGACCAUGACACAGCCAGUUCUAGUGAUGAAGCUCAGAGGUGGUUUUUGCAGAACUGGCAAGCACAUGGUCCUGCCCCUAUCUGUUCUGAUGAUGACACUGAUGUUCUUCACAAUCCCACAGCAUUGUCAGACCAAAGCUCUUCAAAUGUAUAUAUGGGGAUGAACAAAUCUAAAGAAGAUAACAUGCAACAAAAUGGUCUCAACAUAGAUGUUAUGCAAAUGAGACCUCAAAGUGAAGGAGAUGGGAGCAGUUUCAUUUGGGAUCACAGUGCACUGGGAGAAAAUAGCAGUCCAUUACCUACAGUGCAUGAUACUACCAACACAGAAGACAGUCCCUGUGUGAAUGUUAAUAAUACACACUGGAAACCAAACAUCACUCAGACUGCCAAUAAAGACAAUACAGAAAAUGGUGGCACAGUGAUUCCAGAGGACAGCUGGUGUGUUCAGGAGUUGGUAACUUUGCAGUCAUUGCAAACACAGUCAUCUGCUGGGGGACAAGAUAUAAAUGCAUUAAAUAGUUCUUCUAUGUUACAUGUUGUAAUCCCAGAUAAUUCCAGUAUAAGUGCCAGUUUGAAAAAUGGCAAGGAGGUGGGACCUGUGGAAGACAGUGUGUUUACAGGUGCAUCUGUAGUGAGGGAGGGUUGUUAUGAGGCCAUGGGAAUGAAACAUCUGUCCUGUGAGGGUAACAGUGAGCUAGAAAAGCUGGUAGGCUUCAGAAGCAUACUUGAGAGUCCAAUAGUGGAUAGUGUCUUGACGAGACGGACAGAAGCUUUAGCUAGAAGGACGGCAAGCUUUAAUUUGGUGAGGACAAGACACAACAGCUCCCUUGAGGAUGGCUCACCAUGAUGCAGAACCUGUUGCUGUUUUCAGUGGACCAACUGUAGACAUGUUUUGUAAAUUCACUGUAACUGUACAUGCUGGUAGUAUCUGACAAAAUAAACAACUUGUACAUGCACAUCAUCAA